AUGACUGUGCACCCAAGGGGAGGCCACGAGAAAAUACAUAAUGACCUUGGACAAAUACGGUGUAUUAAGCCAAUAUGCUGUUGUACAUGGAAAUGUUUGAAAGAAAUUGUUCCAACAUUAGUUAAAAUUAGCCAAUACAAACCAGACAUUCAAACUCUAUGCCCUCAUUGUAAUGCAAAAAAUGAAACUCUAGAGCAUCUUCUGGUCACUUGCACUUAUUCUUCUUCGAUCUGGCUACAGAUAAAUGUUAAUGUUUUCAAUAUUCAGGCUCAACAUACUUCAGUGACAGAAUGGAUAAUAAGUUGGUUCAUCCCUGUUCAGAACAUUAAUAGUGAGGAGAUUAACAACUGGUUGAUAACUCUAAUGAGUACUGCUUGGCAAAUAUGGAAGAACAAAUGUGAUAAAAUCUUUAGAAACAAAACUCCAAACAGAUGGAACACAAUAAGUGACAUAAAAUGGUUAAUAAAGCAGAGUACCACUGAUUUCCAUCAGGAUAAACAAUGUUUGAGUAAACAAAGUAGUUGGUCUCCCCCUUUACAUGCUCAGCUCAAGAUAAAUUUAGAUGCUUCUUUUGAUAAUGAAACAAAUUUUUUUGGUAUUGAUCUGAUUGCUCGAGAUUCUACAGUUACAAGCAGAGGCAUCAGAGGCAGGUACUUCAAUGGAGGACUAGAUCUGGAGCAGACAGAGUGCUUGGCCAUAAAAGAAGCACUUGUUUGGGCCAAAGAGAUGCAAUAUGGAAGCUUACUUUUGGAAUCUGACUGUCAAAAUGUAGUUACUUCUAUAAACGAUGCUAUCCCUCAUGUACAUUGGAUGAAUCGGGGAAUUGUAAAUGAAACAAAGCAGCAUCUAUCUACCAGAAUAGGAACUACUAUAAAUUAUGUAAGAAGAUCAGACAACAAAAUAGCUCAUAUAAUAGCCAACAGAGCUAGAAUUAUAGGAGCUUCUUUUGAUAUUUUGGAUGAUAUCCCACUGAUAUAA